AUGGAUGAUCUUCUAACUGCUGGUCAGGUUGUCAAGAGCGACUCUGAUCCUCUCCUUGCCAUUGCAUCAACCAAAACUCUUACAAAACCUACAGUGGACUUUGCUCAUGAUCUGUCGACAAAUCAGAUUAUUGAAGUGCUCAAGUCCAAGCCUAGUCUUGAUGAUCUUUCUACAGCCCUGGAGGCGAUUGAUCCAUACAAGAAAUCUCAGAAGGUUGAUUUUGACAUGCGAGUUCCUUCAACCGCUGCUACACAAAUCCUACAAAUUCUUGUCAUUACCACCAUUCCAGAUCACUGGGAGUCUUUAAACGCAGAGAAGAGAAACACGAAAUUAGCAAAGAUUCGGGGAUCUUUAUUAAGAUCCCUGAGUAGCAUUGCUGGCAUCAAUGCCAUUCUGAAUCAAAUUCGAUCCAUGCUUUCGGCUGCUCGCGCACCAAACUAUUAUCAGAGUAUCCGUGAUUUGGUUUCAAUUCUUGCGACUCUGAUGGAGCCAACAGAUUUCCUCUCGCGUGCUUUCGCAGAGCUUCAACGAAUUUCUACCCCUGCCCAGCGCCAAGUCGCAUGGAAUCAAAUUGUCUCGCUUAUCGCCUCCAGCAAAAUUCUUUCCGUGUCAGCAGAGGCACAGGCUUUUACUAAUGAUCCUGAAGCGAAUUACUCUUGGGUUGGAGACGGCGCUAGCUAUUCGUCCUGGCUCGGUGCCAGUAUUUCCCAUUUGAUUUCACGCCUUCAGGACGACAAAAGCGACUGGAAUUUGGUGGCUUCUUUGACGGAACGGGCAUUGAGUUUGGGAUAUCCAGCGAUCUUACUUCGUGGGAUUUGGCUGCCCUUACUUCGUGACAAGGCAAACUUUGAACCAUUCGGAUUGCUACUUGACAACUUUCGAAAUUCUAAGGUUCUCGCGCUCCGAAGAGUCCUUUGGGAUAUAAAGAAUAGGUACCUUUCUACAUCUCUUGAGAGCACAUCUAUCACCACGGAAGCAGUUUCAGGGGUGGCGGCUUUGUUGUUAGCUAUCAUCGGAGACCGACCGUUGUUGAAGAGUGAUAUCUUGCAAAGUCUCGCAGCAAAGGAGCCUUUCCAGAACACGUCACUAGGUUUGAACCGGGCUAUUCUGGCCACUUGCGAUGAGGAUCAUGACACACUUAAAUAUUUGCUUUUGGAGCUUCUCACGCAAUUUGGUGAAAAACCCAAUAUUGAACGCAGGCAACAAAACGACCAAAUUUUGAUGGCACAGCUUAUUCUCCUGGUAGCAGGUCGACUCAAUCGACUCCAGAAAUCACAACUGAAAGAUGUUGGACGCUCCAAGGCAUUUCUUGAUGCGGUCUCUAAUCGGAUUGCCGCCUCUUCCGACAGAGCAAGAUUUCUGGGCAUGAUUAUUGGCACGGGAAUUUCCGAGCUCAUUGAAGAGCCUGGCAAGUCUUUGAAAUUUGACCUCAAAGAAAUGCAGGGCAUUGAAGCUCAGGGUUAUCUGAGUCUCACCAAAGUGUAUGAUAAGAUUGGUUCAAUUGAAUCCAUCCGCGAUUUGGAAGAUGCAGGUGGAAUGAAACCUCAACCCCCUGGGGUGCAACGCACCAAUACCUCAGAUCCUGAGCCAUCGAAACCGAUCCUUAUCAGUGAAAUGACGGAUGAAAUCAUCGAGGAGCAAGAAGAUUAUCCGUUCAUUCCCUAUGAGAAACCCGACGAUGAUGCAGAGGAUGAAGAUGAUGAUCCAACGCUUGUUCGACGUCAAAAACCAACAGCACCGGUGUACAUCCAUGAGCUGAUCGCAAGUCUCCGGGAUAAUGAGAAUGUGGAUCGUUAUCAUCUCGCUAUCACUACUGCCGCACCGUUAAUCCGUCGCAAGACUGGAUUUGGUACUGAGCUGGUAGAGCAUCGCCAGGAACUAGCUCUUACUCUUGUUGGCCUUCAAAAUGACAACCACCACCCGCAAUUCCACGAGUGUCGUCUCCAAAGCCUGAUUGCGUUGAUCGUUUCACAGCCACUCCAAAUGCCCGACUGGUUUUCCGCACUGUUGUUCGAUGGCGAUAUCUCCCAAGUCCAGAGAUCUGCUAUCAUCACGGCUCUUGGGCUCAGUGCUCGCGAGGUAGCCGGGAAUGGCGAAGAUGACGCCAAAACCCUGGGUCUUCCAGCUCUGAAGGACACCAUGUUCCCGUCCCAGAAACUGUCUCCAGCAUUGGAUGCCAUGUACAAUGAGUCAAAGGAGUCCCCUAUUUCCGUUCUCACGAAGGCAAUGUCGCGUUCGACGCUUCAACCUCUAGCAGCUGACAUCGCGGACUCUGCAAGCGGCCCAAAUGCCCUCAAAGUGCGAACUUUCUCGUCUCGCAUAGAAAUUGAGAAGAUGCGAAAGCAACGUGAUGCCGAGAGACGGAAGAGGACUGCCAAAGAUGUCCACAAAGUCCUUGCGGAAGGAUACUUCUACCCACUCACUGGCCGAUUUACUGCUUCGAUGAGGCAGUAUUCUUCUUCAUCAAUCUCAAAUUACAACCCAUUCGCCGUACCACACAUCCUUACACUGUUCCUUCAAACCAUCUCUCUUAUUUUGAAUACAGCCGGUCCCUACACCAUGUAUCUUCCGAGCCUCACUAAUGAAACCCUCUCAUUGACUUUAUCACUUUACACAAGCCCUAUUUGCAGUGACAUCACUAUCAUCUCCGCAUUGUUGAAUUUAUUCUUAACGAUCUUAGAUCUGAAUAUCGCUUCUGGUUCGAAUGGCGAGGAACGCUUGGUCACUGAGAAUGCGGCUCAGGUACUUGAGCUACGCGAGUGGGCAUCACAAAUUUUUGAAAGUAUGCCAUCUGGUCAACCUGGAACUCUCGACGAUCCAGUGGAGCAAGCCCGAACUCUUUCAGCUGGUGUUAUGAUUCGUCUUGGUGAAGUAACAGAGCGUUACCAGGGUCGGCUGAUGGGUGUGAAUUCGGGAUUCCAAUAUUAA